GGGCGGGCUCCGGCGCAUGCGUGGUGAGGUGAGCGCGCAGCAGAGAAGAUGGCGGCGGCGGGGGAAGCGGCAUGAUCGGCCUCACUCAUUGAAAGUGUCCGCCAUGGCCUCCCCGAGCGCGCAGUAUAUUUUUGGGGAGUUCAGCGAUGACGAAUUCAAGCAGUUCUUUGUCAGUGCUCGCUGUACAGUUGAGCUCCCUCCUUUUAAUGAAACCAUUGCAUACGGGCCUCAGUCUUCAAGUGAUCAAGAUGGUGACGAAUACCAGCGCAUCGAAUUCGGCGUCAGUGAAGUGAUCGACCCGGACGCUGGCCUCAUCAACAAUUCCGACUACAGUAUUUCCAGCACCUUGAACCCACAGGCCCCGGAGUUCAUCCUCGUCUGCAGUCCAGCACAGAAGACCCCCGACGACAUCCUCCAAGCCGACAACUACGAUGGCAUCGACGACCAGUACUCAGAAUCUGCCCUCCCAGACGGAAGCGGCAAUGCGGACAGCGACGGCACCUCUGGGUUGGGCCAGAGAGAGCGCAAGAAGAAGAAAAAAAGACCUCCUGGAUACUACAAUUACUUGGAAGGGGUCGCUGCUGACGACGACGGUGGCGCCCACUCAGAGACCCUAGUUAACGGGCACGACGGUGCGGGGGGAUUUAACAGUAUAGGCACCGACGAUGCAGAGUCUGCAGAUGACAUACCAAUGUCGUCGGCCUCUCCUAGGACUUGUUACAGCCCAGAUCCUUCUGUGGACUAUAAUAGUGAGACCGCCAGUGACGAGGCUCCUUCUCUUCCUAGUGCACUAGACAAUGAUAGGACUGCUGGACAGCCUGAGACAUGCAGUGUUACCCUCUCACAGCCACCCUGCACCCCCCCGGACACCGGGAGGGAGAGCCCAGUAAGGACAGCUGUGGAGCAGCCUCAGGCUGCCCCUGAUACUACUGAAAACCUUGGAGUUACCAAUGGACAGACACUUGAAACCACGGAGGAUGUGCCCGCCUCUAACGGGGUGGACUGUCACCCAGAGGCCACCUCCGUCUCUGAGCCAGCCAAGCUGGAGGACACGUCGCUCCCUCAGCCUAUCAGCCAGGCUUCAGCGCCCUCCUCCUCUGCAAACCCACCAGCGAAGUCUUGGGCUAGUCUUUUCCAUAAUUCUAAGCCCUCCACUUCUCCGCAGGUGGCCUACGUUGAGACUAAGUAUUCCCCUCCCGCCACAACUCCUCAGGCUGCUGAGAAACAGGUUGAGGAGAAGGAGGGCCCUGUUCCCGUGUCAGAGGACUCUCUAGCCAUAAAGAUUGCAGAGGUGUUGGAGAAUGUGAAGCUUGUCCACAAACCGGUAUCAUUACAGCCCAGAGGACUCGUCAACAAAGGCAACUGGUGUUAUAUUAAUGCUACCCUGCAGGCUCUGGUGGCUUGUCCCCCGAUGUAUCAUCUUAUGAAGUGCAUUCCAAUGUACACCAAACUCGACAGGCCGUGUACAUCAACGCCAAUGAUUGACAGCUUUGUGAGACUGAUGAAUGAAUUCACGAACAUGCCAGUUCUUCCUAAGGCUAAGCAAGUUCCCGGUGAUAAAGUCAUGCGAGACAUCCGCCCGGGGGCACCUUUUGAACCCACAUACAUCUACCGCUUGCUGACCGUUUCGAAGUCUACUCUCUCCGAGAAGGGACGCCAGGAGGACGCAGAGGAGUAUCUCGGCUUUGUUUUGAAUGGAUUGCAUGAAGAGAUGUUGUCACUAAAGAAACUGCUCUACCCACAAAAUGACAAAAUAUCCGUAUCAAAUGGUCCUGAGUCACAGCCAUUGCAGGAGGAGGAGGUGGUGAAUCACGGAGACCAAGGAGAAGGCAGCGAUGAGGAGUGGGAGCAGGUGGGACCACGUAACAAGAGUUCAGUGACCAGACAAGCUGACUUUGUCCAGACUCCCAUUACGGAUGUCUUUGGAGGACACAUGAGGUCUGUCGUGUACCAGCAAAGCUCCAAGGAGUCGGCCACUCUUCAGCCAUUUUUCACCCUGCAGCUGGACAUCCAGUCGGAGAAGAUUCGCACCGUCCAAGACGCACUGGAAAGCCUCGUAGCCCGGGAAUCUGUCCAGGGCUACACCACCAAAACCAAACAAGAGGAGCCCACUGAUCUCCAUCUUACUAUGGAACAAGGCCGGCAGAAAGACCCAGUGGGGAGGGAAAAAGAGAAGGUGGAAAUCAGCCGGCGGGUGACUCUGGAGGAGCUGCCUCCUGUACUCGUCCUGCACCUCAAACGCUUCGUAUUCGAGAAGACUGGCGGCUGCCAGAAGCUGGUGAAGAAUAUUGAAUACCCCGUGGAUCUGGAAAUUAGUAAAGAUUUGCUUUCUCCUGGAGUAAAAGGCAAGAUAUUUAAAGGCCAAAGGACCUACAGGCUCUUUGCAGUUGUGUAUCACCACGGAAACAGUGCCACCGGCGGCCACUACACUACAGACGUCUUCCAGAUCGGUCUCAACGGCUGGCUGCGUAUCGAUGACCAGACUGUCAAAGUGAUAAACCAGUUCCAGGUGGUGAAACAGACUGUAGAGCGCACGGCCUACCUCCUGUAUUACCGCCGCGUAGACCUGCUGUGAACUCCGCUUGGCGCUGUGUGAGCUGGCGUGCGCAAGACUCCUGCUUCAUAGACACACGAAUCACCUCUCUUCUCUCUCUCUCUCUCUCUCUCUCUCUCUCUCUCUCUCUCUCUCUUCACUUCCUUUUAACUCUCUCUACUCUUUUUCGAGUGAUCUUCCUCCUCCGCUUCUUCCGAGCUUUUUCCUUUAAGACUUUUUGUUUCUCCCUUUCUUUGAAAACAUUUUUUUUUUUUUUUUUUAGAGUAGAAUUUAAGAAAUGUUUGAAUCCGAUUCACUUUGCUGCAUCCUUCCUGAACGAGGGGAGGUGGCAAAGCGUAAAAAAAAAAUUCUUCUUAAAAAUGAUGUUUUAAGCACAGAUGUGACUUGUAAAAACACAAAUUAUGUCCAAUCUCCAGCAAAAAAAAAUAAUAAUACAUUUUUUAGUUUUGGAUGUCGUGAGGAAGGGUUGGGACCUCUGUCGGGUUUUAAAGCUGAGCUUCAGUCUCGCAGAGUUGUAGCGCCUCCUCUCCUGGACUGAAAUGGCUUACUCUGAUUCCACUGCACACUGUGAGCUUCACACAAUGUGCAUUUGAAGCUGCAGCAAGUCAGAGCCCCAUCUCAUUUCAAAGCUGGUAUCUGCCAUCUACUAGUUUUGAGUUUCUAAGCAAAAGGCCAGUGCACUAUCCUUCAGACUUUGGUCAGUAGGAGUAGAAAAUGCCCCAACAUCAUUGCCCUUUUUUUGGUUUCAAUGGGAGAACUAGUGCCUCUUUAAAGGUAUUAAUGGAAGAAUAGCGCUCCAUUGAUGGUGCCAGUAGGGGAACUGGUGUGAAAUAGUGCCUCAAGGGCCAUAUCUGGCCCCUGGGCCGCAGUUUGGAGAUCACUGUUCUAGGCCAGUGAUGGGGAAC